AUGGUGUACAAUAUAGUUUUAGAAACAGAUCUUACAACAUUGGAACAAGAAACUAUAGGAGAAGAAAACUCACCUUCUACCAAUAACAAUAAUUUGGAAUCAUCAGAAUCGACAAAAGUCAACACUCUCUCUCAAUCUCAACGAACCUCUAAAAAAAGGAAGAAGGAAGACGAAGCUUUAGAGCGAGAGUUAAACUUCUUACACAAAUCGGAUGAUGCUGCCGUUUUUGAUGAUUUCGUGGCUGCUGCGAUCCGGAAUAUGAGGUCAGAAGCUCGAAAAAGAGAAUUAAAGCGUAAAACUCAACGGAUUAUUUUGGUCAUGGAGGAACUGGAUGAAUCCGAUCAGUAUUCACUUCUACUUCUCAAUCAUCCGCUCCUUUGA